GGGGCAGUGAAACCGAGGGUGAUGACGUUGCAUUAUAAACUGUGCCGUGUUGUCAUCAGCUGUUGGACGAAGGCGAACGAAAAGUGGACGUAGCACGGUUGAUUGUGCAUCUACGAGCUGACCGUAGCCCUAAGCAUGGCGUUUGGGGCUGAAAUUGGCACCAAGUGACAGAUAGAAAUACUGGAGGUCUCCCAUUGAAAGUAUAAAUUGUGUAACUGAAGGCAUCUUUGAGACAAAAAAAACUGAUAACGCAUUGGUGCCAAUACAGGUCGGAGUUGAAGCCAUUUUUCUCUGCACAGCUGUGUUCCAGCUAAGCUCAUUUGGUGUCUGUACGUCGUACAGUAGGUACCGCUUUGAAGUACCACCACCGCCAUCAUGAAUGUGGGCACAGCGCACAGUGAGGUGAACCCCAACACCCGUGUGAUGAGCAGCAGGGGAAUGUGGCUGUCUUACAUCCUAGGAAUCGGCCUCCUGCACAUUAUCCUGCUCAGCAUCCCCUUUGUCAGCGUGCCCGUGGUCUGGACUCUCACCAACCUCAUCCAUAAUCUGUGCAUGUACCUCCUGCUUCACACGGUCAAAGGGACGCCCUUUGAGACCCCAGAUCAGGGCAAGGCUCGCCUCCUUACCCACUGGGAGCAGAUGGACUAUGGUGUACAAUUCACUGCUUCACGCAAGUUCCUCACCAUCAUACCUAUUGUCCUGUAUAUCCUAACCAGCUUCUACACCAAAUAUGAUUGGGUCCAUUUUGUGGUCAACACCGUUUCCUUGCUCACUGUACUCAUCCCCAAGCUGCCCCAGCUGCAUGGUGUGAGGAUCUUUGGGAUUAAUAAGUACUGACCAAACAGAAGAGAAUGCCUUCUUCCCCAGGUCCCCACAGACUGCUGAGGGCACACAGAGUAGCAGGUCUCAGAUUUGGCUGCAGACCCAUGAGGAUCUGUGGCUCUUUGGCUCCCGACUCUGCUGAACAGCACUCUAAAUGAAGCCUACUGGGGAUACUGCCAUUUUACCAAACCCCAGGAAAGAGAGACAGUACUUUAUAUAGAGAGCACAGAAGGAAAGUGUACUGUUGUGAUUGUCUGAGGCCUGCCUGCUUUGAGUUACAGGGUUUCCAGAGACACUUAAAAAGCAGUUGUUAAGGGGAAAAAUGAUUCUACAGAACUGACAGUUUUGUGACGUGAGAGCAUAAUGUAGCUGCACAAAUGUCAAGUGCCAUUCUGCACCCACUGGCACACUGAGGCGGUAGUCAAAGGUAUUUUGUAUGUAAUUAUACACUGCUGUAUUUAUUCAGCUUCACUCCACAUGAUGCUCCCUCUUUCCUGAGGUUUCUGGGCUCAGGAGAGUAACAAUACUUCAGUGAGCUAGUAAGGGACCUGUGAACUGCUGCCAAGGUGAGACAUGACAAACCGCAAGGUUUUAUAUUCAGCCCUCAAUGCUCCACUCAGGGGCAAGAUUGGGAAGCUAAGCUGCUCUUAUUUUCAUCUCACCACGUCCAUGUUUGGACUCCCCUUGUCCUGGAUUAUGUCACGCAAGCUUCCUGUCUAGGGAAUUGUCUGGGUUGUGUGCAGAAAACGACCAAAAGUCCUGCGGUAUGAGUUCAGAGAAAAGUAUUUCUGCCCUUACUUAGAGUUCCAAAGCACUGGAGACCAAUGCCUGCAGCUGCUUUAUAAAAGUAUUCAGACCCAUUACAUGAGCCUGUUGGUCUGGAUCUCAUUUUGGAAUCUGAUUUACUGACUUACCAGUAUAUUAGGUACAUCUGAGCUAUUUAAAGUAAUGCAGUAACCCUGCAGUAAAUCCCAACAUUGUCAAUUGUUUGUGAUGUUUUGUUCCUCCUUAUUUCCAUAAGAGUGGGGGCGAAAUAUUAGAAACAAAGGAAUAAUGAUAAAAGAUGUUUAUUUUUCCAUAUGCAGCAGGCUGAGCAACAGCAGUUUUAGGGCUUUUUUCCUGACAACAGCUACCUGCUGUGUCAAGAUGUUAGCUUGAUGAGAAUGGAGUCUCCAUACUGGAAAA